AUGUUUAACCUGUUCAUAUUUAUCUACCUCUCUAUCUAUUACAGCCUGUUCAUAUUUAUCUAUCUACCUCUUUAUCUAUCGCAGCCUGUUCAUAUUUAUCUAUCUGCCUCUCUAUCACAGCCUAUUCAUAUUUAUCUAUCUACCUCUUUAUCUAUCACAGUCUGUUCAUAUUUAUCUAUCUACCUCUUUAUCUAUCGCAGCCUGUUCAUAUUUAUCUAUCUGCCUCUCUAUCACAGCCUAUUCAUAUUUAUCUAUCUACCUCUUUAUCUAUCGCAGCCUGUUCAUAUUUAUCUAUCUACCUCUUUAUCUAUCACAGCCUGUUCAUAUUUAUCUGUCUACCUCUCUAUCUAUCACAGCCUGUUCAUAUUUAUUUAUCUCCCUCUUUAUCUAUCGCAGCCUGUUCAUAUUUAUCUAUCUGCCUCUCUAUCACAGUCUGUUCAUAUCUAUCUAUCAUUUGAAACAUGUUGCGUUACGGCGCUUUCUGUGGGCCAUUAUUAUUCGUUCAUUUCAUCACACUUCUUACAUAAUCGUCGGCAGCUAUUAUUUACCGCUGUUACAAACAGUAGUGAUAAGAAAAACGUUUCUCGUCUUAUCUAUACCACAACAAACAAGAAAAUCAUGGACUCUCUCAAAGAAAAAUAUAACCGAGAUCCAACUGACGCGGAAAAGGAACAUACCAGAUCCUAUGAGGAUGCAGUUAAGACCUUAAAUUCCUUGCAGAUUACAAAUAAAACUUUUUUGUCAUUGAAGAAAGACAGAAAAAAUUAUGAUGCUAAUAAACUGUCUUAUAUGAGAAAAUACAUUGAAAGCAUUGGGAUGACAGAUGCAGUUAAGGCCUUAAAUUCCUUGCAGAUUCCAAAUAAAACUUUCUUGUUAUUGAAGAAAGACAGAAUAAAUUCUGACGUUUAUAAACUGGGUGACAUGAGAAAAUAUAUUGAAUGCAUUGGGAUGACAGUAGAAGAUCAAGACCAAUUAUCUGUGAUCCAUGUUGCUGGUACGAAAGGUAAAGGUUCAACUUGUUCAUAUGUUGAAAGCAUCCUCAGGCACAAAGGUUAUAAAACAGGAUUUUUCAGUUCUCCUCAUCUCAAAGAAGUUCGAGAACGGAUCCGCAUUAAUGGGUCUCCAAUUUCUCAUGAAAAAUUUACAAAGUAUUUUUGGUAUUGCUUUGAUCAUAUUCAGGCACAAUGUCAAGACAUCUUACCUACAUUUUUUCAGUUUCUCACGAUACUUUCUUUUUAUGUGUUCUGGAGAGAAAAAGUUCAUGUUUGCAUCAUAGAGGUUGGCCUUGGUGGUCGUUAUGACUGCACAAAUAUUGUGAGAAAGCCUGUUGUAUGUGGACUUACACAUCUUACAUUUGAUCACACAGAUAUUCUUGGUGAGACAAUCCAGAGUAUUGCACAACACAAAGCUGGUAUCUUUAAGCCUGGCACCACUGCAGUGACAAGUCCUCAAUCAGAGGAAGCUCUUGAAGUUCUCCAAGAUAAUGCAAAAGAAGUCAAGUGUAGUCUCUACAUGGCACCUGACUUGUCUGCGUACGAGGAUUUAAAAGAAGAUUCAGAAAUAAAUGACUAUGAAAAAUUCCAGAAAGAGAAUCUCUCCUUGGCUUUGCAAUUGUGUAGAGUUUGGUUACACAAUUUUGACAAAGAUUUAAAGAAGAGAAAAUGGGUGGACACUUUUUCUGGAAAAGUAAUUCCAGUCCUCGAACCUUUAAUUCCUGAUGCUGACAUUGUUGUACCUGCCAUGAAAUCCACUUGUUGGGCAGGUCGAGUACAAAUUCUUAAGAGACAAAACAUCACCUACUAUCUUGAUGGAGCUCAUACUGAAGAUAGUAUAAAGCUUUGCUGUGAUUGGUUUAAAAAGAAAGCCACGGCAGAAAUGAACGACUUAAAGCCUAAUAAAAAUGUGAAGAUUCUUCUUUUUAAUAUAACUGGUAAACGUAAUCCACACAACAUGAUGCUUCAUUUGAAGGAUUGUGGGUUCGACAUGGCCAUUUUUACACCAAAUGUAUGUUACCCAGAUAUGGUUAUUGAGGAUCAAAAAAAGUUAGGACAUAAUUUGAAUGUGACAAAGAGCAAUCAGCACACAUGGUUAGAAUUGCAUGAGCGAAUUCCUGAUGGAGAAGGAGACAUUUGUAAUCAAGCCCCAUUGCCUCAUGAUGUGCAAGAGUCCAAAGAUUCAACCACAGAGAUUUUUAGUUCAAUCUAUGAGGCUCUUUUUUGGUGGAGCAAAGGCAAGGACAAUGAGCUUUGUUCCAAAAAACUUUUGACCAUUAAAGACAUUCCUUUCAGUCUGAAAGAGGCUGAUCAUAUUCAGGUGUUGGUGACUGGCAGUGUUUACCUUGUGGGUGGAGUCCUUACGAUUUUUAAUUCUCCUGUUUAA